AUGUCAACCGCAGACACCGCACAAGAUGUACAUGACUCAACAGUGACAGUCGACUCCGUGUCACUAACACUGGGCACCGAUUCCCUCCUCAUAGUCGACGACCGCUCAGCUCGUCCAAACCGUCGCUGCUGUGGAUUAUUCAAGUCAGCACCCCAAACCACACACGCCAUCUCACUGUACAACGUUCUCGGCGCUGAAGUCACAGCCUCGAACCUCGUUAUCGCCUACGCGCAGCCGGCCGGCAAGGACGAUGUAGCCGUCGCGACGGUUCAAUACCCCAUCAUCGAAAAAGAGAAGAAGCUCGUUGAGGCGUGGGUUGGGAAAUUGAUCGAUUCGGCUUAUGGCAAGGCAAUUCGCGGGAAGAGACUGAAGGUCCUGGUUAAUCCCUUUGGUGGCAAGGGCACUGCGGCGAGUUUGUACCAGAGGUAUGCGGCCCCGGUCUUCGCGGCUGCCAAGUGUCAGGUUGAUGUGCAGAGUACUGAGCACCGUGGUCAUGCUAUUGAUAUUGCGGAGAAGCUUGAUGUCGAUGCGUAUGAUGCCAUUGUUUGUUGCUCUGGUGAUGGGUUGCCGUAUGAGGUUUUCAAUGGCUUGGGUAAGCGGCCUGAUGCCCGGACGGCGCUGGUGAAGACUGCUAUUGCUUUGCUUCCUUGUGGUUCUGGCAAUGGAUUGACGUGGAAUUCUUUUGGGACUGGUAGUGUCUCCAUUGCGGCGCUGGCUAUUGUCAAGGGAUUGAGGACGCCGCUGGAUUUGGUUUCCAUCUCGCAGAAGGAUUCGCGCACGCUCUCUUUCCUCUCUCAGUCUUUUGGUAUCGUUGCUGAGUCAGAUUUGGCUACUGAGAACAUUCGGUGGAUGGGUGCUCAGCGUUUCACAUACGGUUUCUUGGUUCGCUUGAUGCGGCAGACGAUAUGGCCGUGCGAUCUAGCCGUCAAGGUGGAGAUUGGAGACAAGGAGGCGAUCAAGGAGCACUAUGCUUCCUGGUCCACACGUCCUGAAGAGUCUGGUGUCGACGUCAAACGUCUUGAGGCUGCAGCACAGUCACCGGAACUACCAGAGCUCAAGUACGGUUCAGUCACCGACGAUGUACCUAGCGACUGGCAAGUUGUUCCGGGUGAAACGAUGGGCAAUUUCUAUGCAGGAAACAUGGCAAUUAUGUCGAAGGACACAAACAUGUUCCCAGCUACCCUACCCAAUGACGGACUCAUGGACGUAGUGACCAUUGACGGCAGAGUUAGUCGUGGCACCGCGAUCACAAUGAUGAACGAGAUCCCCAGUGGACGCUUCUUCGACAUGCCAGAGCUCAAUAUCCGCAAAGCAUCUGCGUACCGUCUAGUGCCUCAUCAGAAGGAAGGAUAUAUCAGCAUUGACGGUGAACGUGUGCCCUUCGAAGCGUUCCAGGCUGAGGUUCACCAAGGGCUCGGUACGAUUCUCACCAAGUCGGGCCGCAUCUACGAAGCAGAAGGACCUCGAUAA